AUUGCGUAAAAGCAACCGUCAAAGCUGGUGAUUUGAUAGAUGCCCGCUUUUCUCAUGUUAGUUGGAUUUAACUUGUUCAACAAAUGCCAAUUCUUCAGCUGGGUACCGUGUAGGGGAGUCCUUGAUUUGCACAGGAUUUCUGUUGCUGCCAUAACAUUUUAUAAGUAUCCAAGCGUCUCUAAACGGGAUAGGGGAACUAGUUUAUUCCGCUGGCUUCUUCAAGGCAAAACCAAGGCUCCAGGGACUGCACCUCACCUUUCUUCAGCUUGUGGUGCGGCUCUUCCUCCUCGGAAAUCAGGAAAAGAGGAGGGGACUUCAUUAAAGGUGGAAGCUGUUCAUCCUCUAACUAAUGGGUAUAGGGAUGGCUCGCCCAGAACUGCCCGCUACUCCUUUUCCAGCCCCUAUGGCAAUGAACAAGGAAAAUGAGACUGGAGUUCUGAAGGUGUGUAUGAAGAGCAGCCUGAAAAAGCAGCGUGGGUGUGCUGCAGGCACAGAGGACACAAUUCCCAAUGCUGAUGGUGCUGAUUGUAAGAGGAAGAGGAAAGUGCGGUGGAUUGAUGCAAAUGGACAGGACCUGGCGCAAAUCAAGGAAUUCGAGCAAAGAAGUAGCUCCUCCAACGCCCAUUCCUCAUCUGCUAUGAACUCAAACUCUGCUUUGUCAUGGUUAAUUGGAGCAGUCGCAAUGGUUCUUCUAGUUCAUGUCCUAUCAAUUGCAAAGUUGUUGUAAAUGGUCGUUAUAUACAAAGUCAAAAGAAUUGUUUAGUGGAUGGCAUUUUCUCCUAGUGUUCAUGAGCUCAGUUUAUAUUCUUCCCAGACUUCAACAAGGUUUUCUUGUUUGUUUGUUGUAAAGUUGGUUUUUGAGGAAGAUUGACAGUGUAAACAGAUUGAGGCAACAAUACCACUCUUUGCGAAGGUGAGGGGUUGCAUACCUCAUUCAGGCCAUUGUAUGAUCUAUUUGUUCAUUUAACAAGGGUGCGCAACAUUCAAUGCUAUGUGAAUACGAGGAUUAAUAUUUUUUGUUUACAACUAUUGUGUUUUUUAACUAAGACAAACAUUCCUGGAACAAGGUCUUCUCUACAGACUUGCAAUAGUUGUGAAUAUUGUAAGAUAUUUUUCUCUCAAAUAAAAUAUCAGAAGCAUAAUCAUUGGAAUUUUCAGUAAA